UGUGGCAUUGAGACAGGUCUUUUUUCGUUUCCGUCAGCACGACUUGCAGUACCGAGUCUAUAUAAUCGAUAUAUAUUUUUGGUACGAAUAUGUCGGUCUCAACGCAUCUGCCGAUUUACGUGUUUUUCUGCUCGUUCGUCGUGUUAUCGAGCGUGGCUAAUGUCAGAUCAGCGGAAGCACCCAAAGAAAUUCAAGGUCUCAUAGCUGGAGUCCGGGAAAAGUGCCACAGAGAGACCGGCGUUGACAUUGAACACGUGGAAAGAACAACCGAUGGUCAUUUCCACGAGAGCGAAGUGCUGGGAUGUUAUUUCUCUUGUGUUUUCAAUUCCUUCGAUUUGCUCGAUCACGACGGUCACAUGGAUUUCGAUAAAUUGCUGAAAAAGCUGCCGGCCGUGGAGUCGUUCGCCGAUCACGGAGCUGCCAUGGUUGCAGCUUGUCGCCACAUAACCGGAGCCAACCCUUGCGAGAGCGCCUUUAAAAUCAUGCAGUGUUGGCAGAGUACAUAUCCCGAUAAAUAUUUCGUCAUUUAGAUGAAAGCGUCAGAAGCGCAGCAAUAUUUUAUAAAUAACAUUCACAGAUAGAAAAAUAGUUUGAUCACACAAUGUUGUAUUAUCUAUUGUACUACUAUGUAUUAAUGAAGUUAUUAAAAUACAUUAAUAAUGAAA